AUGUUGUACCAUAUCCUCCCAUUUCUUCCACUCGUUGUGAUUCUGGCAAUGCCUACUCCUCCCCCGUCCCCCAAACGAAACUUCUUACCACGUGCCACAUCGGCAGGAAUCGAGCUCGAAGAGCGUGAUCCUCAAUCAUUUGGGAUUCUUCCACCGGUGGUGCCUCUCCCAACUUUACCCACAGCAGUGCCUCUCCCGCCUCUCCCAACAGCAGUACCACUUCCAACUCUCCCUACGACAAUACGCCUGCCGACCAUCGGUUUUGCUGCAUACUUAGACGGUAAUGGCCUCUUCGUGACCUUGACUGCAGGCAACCAUUUCACUAACUUCGCUGUUGAAGCAGAUGUCGGUGUCAAUAUUACCAGGCGUGGACACAAGGUUCGACGUGGGUGGAACGGCAACUUCACCUCUGAAAGUGCCGACGCACCCAAGUUUAACAGCACAGCUGGGUGGUUGUUGGGGAAUGCUGGCAAUUUCACAGCUGAGGGAAGCGAUUUCAACAGGACGGCUGGGUGGUCGUUGGGUGCCGACAGGAAUGUCAGCGCUGGAGGAGGCUUGUAUCUCUACUGCACACAAGUCCUUGGGUUCUAA